GAUACAGCAAUCAAUCUCUGUCUCUGUCUCUGUCUCUCUCUUUGUUGCUAUGAAUGUUUGGAAGGUGUUAAGACUAUGGCUACUCUAUGCAGUGUUUCACUUUGAUACUCAAAGAUAUUCAGUCAAUGGGCAGGCUGCUGGUGUAAUUGGAGGCGCAGGGAUUUUGGUUCAGAGAGCCGCGUUCUGUUUUAACAAUAACCUGCUCUACAGAGGGUGCAAUGAGGCGUUUAGACUAAACACAGAAGGUGAAUUCAAGGUUCCACAUGAGGAAACAGACAGGUUCUGCAACGGUCCUUGUGCUGCAGAGACAGAACUUGUGCUUACAUGCAUUAACAGCGUCAUGUCUGAUUUCGUGUUUUACAAUCGGGCUACCCCAAGAGAUAUCAGGAACACUCUCCGUGGUGGCUGCAGCUCAUCUUUCACACGAGGGAACUUCAAUGUGGGAGACUAUGCGCAGGGACUCUAUUUUGGCAAGGCCGGGAGAAAGCUGCCUGGAUUGUUCAUUGGACUAGUUCUCGGGUUUGUACCGUUGAUUCUGUGAAGCUACUUUCACAAACCAUACAGUUUUAUGCAUGUAAAUGAUAUUUUCCCCGUUAAGAUUUCUUUUUUGUUACUCUGAAACAAGAUUUGUUUCUUUUAUUUUCUUGAAUUCUUUCUUGAAUUCAAAUCCUACAUAGAAGAGCUACUGUUACAUGUGUAUUUUCAUUUUAGAGUUUGAACGAAUAUUUACACA